ACCGGCUUGCCAUUAUGUUUAAGGCAAAUCCUUGGACGUGGUACCGGCUUUUUUAAAAUAAGAAAUACUGUAAGACACUCGCUCGAGAGUGCUCAUGACAUGUUUUCGGAAUAAAGGCGAAAGAAGAUUCAAGGCUCUGGGACCGAAAACUACCAAGGAGUGCCGGAUAUUUCUGAUUCCUAGUCCAAGGUUGACCUAGCCGGGUCUGCUAGCUUACAGUGGAGGAAGCCCCCUCGCUACUGAGCAGUAACGCUGGGGAAAUUCAGCUAGGUGAUUAGCUUAGUUAGCAUCCAGCUAUCCAGCUAUGUCUUUCCGCCGCCAGAAUCAGCAGUCUGGACCAGGUGGCCGCAGAACGUCUAAUGGUACUUCUGGAUCGGGCAACAUGUCAUCAACAGUUCCCGGGAAUAGCACGACCAGGUCGACCACUGGAAGGAACAGAAACUCUGUGAAGCCCCCCUCACAGUCUCCCCCUGUAUUUGAGGGUGUCUAUAACAACUCCCGGAUGCUUCAUUUUCUCACAGCAGUGGUGGGCUCCAGGUGUGAUGUUAGAGUGAAGAACGGCAGUGUGUUUGAGGGGAUCUUUAAGACUCUAAGCUCAAAAUGUGAGCUAGCAGUGGACGCUGUACAUAAAUUAAGGAAUGAAGAGGGCGAUGGCUGUGGAGGUGGUGUGUCUGCACAUCCCAGGCGAGAGGAGAUCACGGACACCAUGAUCUUUAGCCCCAGUGACCUGAUCAUGAUGACCUGCAGAGAUGUGGACCUCAACUUUGCUACGCGAGACACCUUCACGGACACAGCAAUCACAUCGACCAGAGUAAAUGGUGACCACAGAGAGAAGGUGCUCCAGAGAUGGGAUGGAGGAGACAGCAAUGGAGAAAACUAUGACCUAGAGGCUGACGCAUCCAAUGGUUGGGAUGCCAGUGAGAUGUUCCGCUUCAAUGAAGAAACGUAUGGUGUGAAAUCCACCUAUGACUCUAGCCUCUCCAUGUACACAGUUCCUCUGGAGAAGGGAAGCUCAGAGGUUUUCCGACAGCGAGAGGCACGAGCUGCACGCCUGGCCAGUGAGAUUGAGGCCAGCUCACAGUACCGUCACCGGGUGGCAUUGGAGAAUGAUGAUGGAAGGACAGAUGAGGACAAAUUCAGUGCGGUGGUGCGGGAUGGAGUAGAGAGAGAGAGGGGCAGAGACAGCCCUAGCUCCAACUCUGGGAACAGGGAGACCAAGUACAUUCCUUUACCCCAGAGGGCGAGAGAGAGAGAAAUGGGUACAUCCAGAGGCGAGCGAGAAAGGGGAGGAGCCUCCUCCACCCUUCCUAAUCGAACAAACAGACCUGUCCCUUCAAGCUCCUCUCCUAGGCCCCCUCUUCCCUCUGGCAGCAGUCAGCCUACCCCACCUUCUGACAGGAACAGUCCACUGUCCAUCAGAGGAGGAUACUCUCCUCAUCAGUCACAGUGUAGUCCACCUGCUCAGUCCCGACCCUCAGAACCUGGCCAUGCCAGCCCACCUGCUCCACAUUCACUCCCCCACUCACUCUCACACCCGCAGUCUCUGUCAGACUCUGCACGACCUGUAAACGGAGUGUCAUCCAGAACGUCUCCCAAAUCUCAGAGACCUGUACAAUCCAGAAGCUUGCGCACUUCCAACUCCCACUCCUCACCUACAGUCUCUCAUUCCCCCAAACCUGAUGCCCAGGACCCCCCUCUGACUACUCCUACGUACCUGGACACCUCUGCAGUUAACAUGGUGACCCCAAAACCCUCUGGCCCCACCCCUCUCUUCCCUGUAGAUGUGAAUGAGAUCUUGUCUAAGGAAAGGACAGAGGGCCUUGCAAGUCCUCAGGAAGGCAAGAGCAGCAAAGCUACAUCAGUUCAGCAGAGGUCACAGAUAGAGGAGCUUCGUAAGUUUGGGAAAGAGUUCAGGCUUCAGUCCAGCUCUUCACCUUCCAGCCCCAGCACUUCAGCUACACCCAGUGAUCCUGCUCAACCCAGCUCUGCUCAUGGCACACAAACAGACCCCGCCCCCUCCAGCGAACCCAAAACAACAUCGCCCACAACUCCUGCUCAGGAGUUUCCAUUGGAUGAAACGGGAAGAGAAACGAGUGCAGAGGGUGCCACACCAUCCACACCGCCACAGGUCACACACACUGCUACUCCUGGCAGUGCUCCACAAUCUUCUGUUGUAGAUGGGCAAACAUCAGCUCCACCCCAGCCUGCAAGGACCCCAGGCAGAGAGGAUGGCAGACCGGAGGUUGCAGAGAGAGUGGAGGGCGUGGCUGAUCAAGUAAAGAAGUCUACUUUAAAUCCCAAUGCCAAAGAGUUCAAUCCCACCAAGGCCCCUCUACCUAUGGUGAAGCCCUCUGCGACCCCAACGCCCCCUCGGCCCCCGCCUGUGAGCCCUUCUGUGGUGCUCCAGCCUUCUGCAGGACAGGGAGCUAUCUAUGGCCCCCAGUACCUGAGCUAUGUCUCACCUAUACAAUUACAGGGUCACUCUGUACAGGCUCCUCAAAUGUACCCGUAUGCUGUGUCUACUGUCAGCCAGGGCAAAUACCCCAGAGCUAAAGGCUCUGUUGGGACCCCUCGUCCGGAUCACAGCUCGUCAGCACCACCUAUGAUCCAGACAGCGGCAUCUGCAACAGGUCCUCCUCUGGUUGCCUCCCCUUACCCCCAGUCCUAUCUGCAGUAUAGCCAGGUCAUCUCUGCCAUGGCCCACUAUCCUGGCCAGCCGGUAUACUCCGUGCUGCAGAGUGGUGCAAGGAUGUUGAGUUCUGGAGGUCACCCCCAGACUCUGGGCCCUCCUGGCCCUCAAUAUCCUGGUCAGACGGAGGGGCCUCCAGGAGCCCAGCAGGGCAUGUAUGCCCACCAGUCUUUCUCUCAUCCCUCAGGGUCCAUGCAUCCUCCACAGCCCUCCAGCACCCCCACCGGCAGCCAGCCACCUCCACAGCAUCCCACUCCCAGCCCAGGACAGUCUGGUCAGUCGGGUCCACAGCCUCAGACUCUGUACCAUUCAGGUCCACUGUCAGCACCCACACCCCCUAACAUGCCUCCAGGCCACAGUUCACCACAGGCCUCCUACCCUCUCCAGGGCUACAGCCUGCCAGGCCAUCAGCCACUGCCACACCCAUAUUCCUCUAUUGGCCAGCUAGCACAGGCUCAUGUUCCAGGAGCUUUGUCAGGUCCACACCACUCUGGAGGACACGGCCCUCCACCGAUGAUGCUGCUUCAUGCUCCUCCUCCCCCUCAGCAGGGCCCUGGUUCUGGGCCUGGGCCCCAACACCCCUCUCACGGACCCCCACAGCAGGGAGCCCACCAGCACUACACCUACAUUGGGCACCCCCAAGCUGUGCAGGUGCAGCCCCACCCGUCCCAGCAACUGCCCUUCCACCCUCCUGGAAACUGAGCGAGAUGAGUGAGAGUCUCAGACUGGCCUGAUGUGCGGAGUGAGAGUUCCUCUUACAGUUUCUGGACCAGGCGUGUAAACAGACACACACUAACAGUCACACAUGCAUCCUCUCCAGAAGCAGAGAUUUUUUGUUUGUCUGUUUUAUUCUUAUCUGUUGGAAGGACUGAGAUUUUUUUGUUUCGUUUAAGUUGAAAGGACGGGGGCACAGACUGUGUCUAAAACAGAGGGAAUGAGUGAACAAGUGUGAGAAUGAGUGAGUGAAUGAGUGACAGAAUGAAACAGCUCGAGAUGAAUGACAUUUUAUAAAGAUGGAUUUUUCCCUUCCGCCUCAACCCCUUAAUUAAAUAAAAAAAAGAAAAAAGAAAAAAAUAAUAAAAUGUACAAAAAAUAAAAUUUCAAACUCUCA